AUGCGCCAAACGCUAGGGUCGAGUGUCACGGAGGAAUACGGCCGCAACGUGCAGCAGACUGCCCCCAAGGGACCGUUGGGAUGGCUUGUGCGGCUUUUCAAAUCCAUUAGCACAUUCGUGCUGAUCUUCCUCGAGCAAGGGGCCGUCCACGGUGUUGCACACUUGGGAAAACCCUUCCUGCACAUUGUGGAAAAAAUUUUCUGGUUCUCGCUGGUCGUCAUCGCCCUGUACUUCUCCGUUGUGCUGAGCUUCGUGUCCUGGGAACGCUACCAGAGCCAUGCAACGGUCGUUGCCAUCGAGAAGGACCACUACUACUGGAACACGUCCAUGCCCAGUUUGACGAUCUGCCCCAUGAGACGCAUUUACAAACCGUAUCUGCAAAGUUACUGCAAUAAGAAUGGUAUAACAGAUCAGGACGAACAGGCGGAACUGUUCGAGUUCCUCGAAUCGUUGGCCAACUCGUCAUUCUUCAACUUUGAGGACAUCAAGCACAGUGAAAAAGUCGAUAGCCUUUUGGAGAUGCUACAAAUACGGCCGGAGAACUACAUGAACCUGAUCUAUAAUCUGACCCGUGACCUGACCCGCAUAGACGACACAGAGUUGCGUGUCCGGACCCAGAGUAACCUUGAGUUUCUUCGGACCUACCAGACGCUGACUGAGUACGGUAUCUGCUACACCACCAACAGCUUUAUUUCGUCCAACUUAACGGCUAGCUUACUAUUAACCGGAAAACAGCUCCCAGAGGAUGAAUUCUACUCGACACGAAUCGUGCACACCGUACGCUUUGGCAACCUUUUCGACGGAGAUAUUACGUACAGUUUUAUCGGCUUUGAACCACCCAUUUCGAUUUUUUAUCACAGCCCCUACGAAACGCUCAACAUAGCCAAGUUUCAGCCGAUGACGUCCGAAGCGCACGAGUACGAAACGUUUUCCAUCGAAAUUGUCACAACGAAGGAUUUCAAAGAAGAUACCACCAUCUCCCAGCGCGGCUGCCGGUUCACCUACGAGUCCAACCUGACGCACUACUCGAUCUACACCAAGGACAUCUGCCUGCAGGAAUGCCGGAUCCAGAUGGCCUACAAACUGUGCGGAUGCAUACCACAUUUCUAUCCUAAUCCCGCUGGCUCCAAUAUGAAGAAAGUGUGUCACUACCGGCAGUUGAUGAAAUGCUUCCCACGCUACCAAAAACUGUUCCUGGAGUUUCAGGAGGAUAACAACGACAACAAGGGCAUUCCCUGCUAUUGCGAGCAGAACUGUGUCGGUUCGAAGGUUAUCAUCGAAAACAAACAGGUCCUCAAACAAACGCAAAAGCUCAUCGGAAGCAUCGGUGGACUGGUCGUCAUGAAGCGGUAUCCGUUGGUGCGCUUCAGCCGCCAGCUACUAUUUACCUUCACCGACCUACUCGUGUCCAUCGGGGGGACGGCAGGCUUUUUCCUCGGUUUCAGUGUGCUCGGAAUGGUGGAGAUACUUUACUUUUUCACUCUACGCCUACUGUGGUACAUUGUUGGGCGCCGUUAA